UUUCGGGGACACGAUAGAUGGCACCCAAAGUACCUUCAAGCUUACUUAAAGGCAAAGGAAACAUCGGGACUUUCUCACACCUUACUAAAACUAAAGCGAGGUAAAACUAAAGCUAGGCCAGACCAGACGUUAUACCACAUGAACGUGCCCAAGCUGCGCUGCACACCAACUGGAUUGUUGGAGCUGGGAUACGUCAGGACCACUGCCGCCUCGGGUGUAGCGCUGUCGGGCCUUGGAAGAUUGACAUGCAGGGGAGUGCAGGUGUUUCCAGACUGGUCGCAGUUGUGGUCCCCUGGCCUGAUGGUAACCCGCAGGUAAUCCGCAGGUAAUUUGCAUGGCCUCCCAUAUGGGAAUUUGUAUUAAACGAG